UUGUUAUGAUCAGUUCACUGUUGUUGUUGCUCGAUACCAUACGAGUUGUGUGGUGGUGGAAAUCGGUGUGAUAUAAAUUUUACAAUUUGCAACAAUUGCAAAACUUUCGUGUGAUGUUACGAUAAUAGAUUGAAUGUGUGGUUUAUUAAUGUGUAUACACAUCUGUGGAAGUUAAGGCUCAUGAAUUGCCCUCGAUGGAAAACGAUGAUAAUGCCAAAUCCACAAACCGACACGCGAAACGAGUUAGCUAUGAAUGUAAAACGUGCUGCAAGACGGUCUACUCCAAAUCGCACAAGCAGUUCCACGAAGAAGUGCACCGUACUUCCCGCUACGCCUGCAAUCGCUGCAACAAAACCUACGUGCACAAGCGCGAUCUGGAGCUGCACCACAAGGUGCACGAUGCACCCGGUCGGCAUCAUUGCACGCGCUGUACGGCCAGCUUUGACAGUGCGGCCCAGUUGCAGACGCACAAGGACUCGAAGCACGUGCCGAAGGAAAAGUUUGCUUGCCAGCUGUGCCCGUUGAAGUUUACCCUCAAAGGUAACCUUACCAAGCACCUGAUCGUGCACGAUGGCAAUCGUUCGUUUUCCUGUGAUGUCUGCGGCAAAACAUUUUUGCGCACCAAUGCGCUAAAGCACCACAUGCUGAGCCAUCGCGUAAAGCGCUACCAAUGCCAGUCCUGCAACAAAGAGUUCAUAGACGCCCGAAACCUGGAGCGGCAUCUAAAAACCCAUUCCCGGUUGAAGGGUUUCAAGUGCUCGAUCUGUGGCGUAACGAGUACGCGCAAGGACAACAUCGUGCGGCAUGCCAAAAGUUUUCACCCGGAGAGCGAUUUGAAGGAAAUUGUGCUUGCAAAUGGCAACGUUAGUGAAGACCAGAUGGAAGCAAUUAAACGGGAAGCACAAACAAGCACCAAACCGGAACUGUCCGUGCCGACCAAUCGUAUUAGCGUCAUACAGGUGAUUGGAACGCCAAAGACAUCGAUCACGCUGGUUCAGCCAAGCGGUGAUCGAGCGCCGUCAACCGAUCGGACUACGGGGCGCGAACCGAAUCAAAUCAAUGCACUGCCCACCACCAGACAGGAAGCGCCGAAAGUCGGCUUCGCCGCCCGUCUAGACAAUCUAGAAAUCUAUCGAAAAAUCUUGCAACCUGCGAGUACGCACAGCAGCACAACUGCCAACAGUAGCCGGUUGUCGGAAGUAGGUCAGUCUAACCUCCAAGCUGAAGAUAGCAGCACAAAACAAACCGAACGCUUCCCAUCGGGUGAACUCGGCCACUGUAAUAAUCCGACCGAAAACACAGUUGCUAAUGGUGACGCAGCUAGUCAUAGUGGGGGCAGUGGGGGUAGUAAAGGUAGCGCUGACGGUGGGAACGCUAGCGCUAGCACCGCCAGCGGUCUAGGAUCUAUUAAUAAUUUCUGUGAAGUUCACUGGCGUAAGCGCACCUCGCAGUACUUUAUCACUAGCAGCAAGGCGCAGACCGAUCGUCCGACUGUGUAGUGCGCGUACGAGACAAAACACACGCGCGUGUGCUGUAUUGUGUGUGCAGUAUUCGAAUCGAUCGGAAACGGUCACUAAACCCGGAACCAUGCUUGAUCGAAAAACGGCAAACGUGGAUGAGGAAGAUCAACAGUUGAUUGUGAGUUUUAUGAAAACGAAAAAGUGGCGCAAAAUACUCGAACUCGGACAAGAAUUAGCUCCCGCGCAACGUUCCAACCUCCUCUGGGCCUGGCCGCUCGAGCAGGACGUGGAACGGCUCGGUGAGGUGCUGGCGCGAUGUGGAAUACGAAAGAUUGCUAGCAUAGGCUGUGGUACUGGUUUGCUUGAGUGGAUCAUCGACUGUGCAAAUGGUGAGUUAUGUUUAAUGUUAUGAUAUAAAUCGUGUCGGUAAUACCCUGUCUUAAACAUAUGGGGUUGUGAUACGAAGUUAAUACAACUUCAAUUGCGUAAAAAUAUUCUCCACUACAUUAAAUGUUUCGUUAAAUACGAGGGUUUGUUAUACACACGUAAUAUGGCAGUUUGAUCAACUGGGUUCUCCAAGGCUACCAUGCUUGUUGAACAUAUAAUUCUCAACUAUUCAAAUAGCAUACAUUGUUUCCCAAAUUUUCUAGGGAUUACUAAUUUAUUCUUCUAAACGUGGUAUGACAAAUUCUAUUAAUUUCUCACAAUGGUCGUAAUAUAUUAUUUAUUUAAUAAAAUGUAUAAUGACAGUUACAGUUACAAUAAAUUGAUAAAUUAAUAAAUUAAUAAAUGAAUUAAUUAAUUAAUCAAUUUUAAUCAAUUAAAUUGUAUAAUUAAUCAAUUCAUUAAUCAAUUCAUGAAUUAUAACCUCAAUAAAUACCUUGUGGAAAUGUGCGGAAUGAGAGUGCAUCAAUCAAGGCCUAUAGAAAAUAUCUUCCGACAUGUUCUCUUAUACGUAACAUUACACUGUACGACGACGCUUAACCUGCGUUUACUGAAUUUAUGGAACACAUUACUGUUACAUUACUGCUAGCCAUUCGAGUUAUAGAGGUCGGCAAAAUAAAGUGCACACUACUUAAAAUUCAGUCGACGCAAGUGGCGUAACUAUCAAAUAAAUUUAAAUUUAAAGCUCUGGAUAAGGCUUUAGAAGAACCAGAUACAAAAGCUAGAUGCAGAACUAGAUAAACCUCUAAUAGAUAUAAAAAACACGCCAAAGAUCCUGAAACAAGUCUGAAAUGCAAGAUGAAUGCAUAUACAAUAUUCAAUUGGUGAUAUAGGGUUUGUUAAAAAAAUAUUUUCUUUAGAAAGAAUAAAGUGAGCACAUUAUUUUGUCAGAGUGAUUUUAACA